GGCGGGAGGAGGCUGGGCGUCCUCUCAUCAUGGCGGCGCUGGCCGGGCUGCGGGUGGCGGGACGGCGGCUGGGCCUCGGCCUCGGCCCUCCGGCACGUAGGGCCUUUUGGGGCGGCCUGAGGAAGGAGGAAAAAGAAGUAGAAGUAGAAAAAGUAAUUCCUCAAGAGAAAAGUGAACCCAGCCUGAUCUGUCCCCCACCCCGCAGCAGAAGCUAUCUUCCUCCAGAGGAUAUACAGAGCUGCCUUGAGUCUCACGUCAAGGAGAUUUUUGGACCCUCACUUCCUCAUAAUUGGCAGCAGACACCCCUCCAAGAAAACAAGUUAAAAUAUCGCCUCCUGGCUCAGCUGGCAGCAGAACUUGGUCACGCUGUCCCCAAUUCACAGCUGCACCUGAUGCGCAGCGCUGGGGAUGUCUUGAAUUUCUACAGCACUCCUGUGAAGGAUGUGUCCAAGUUCGAUGAACUGUGCUCUGCAGAGCUACCCCCAAACCUGAAGAUUAUCUGGCAGCAGUGAGCCGUGCCACCAAGCACCACUUUGCUUGUGCUCCUAAGGCAGGACUGCAGAGCAGAAGCAGAGCCCUUUCAUCCUUGUAUUGACCGAAAAUAUAAGUACCGUUAAUAAAAGUUCAUUUAAUUGUC